GGCACUCCUGAACGAUGGCUUACCGACUCCCCACUGAAACAGAAACCAGAUGCAGAUUAAAGACUCCCAGCGCUCCCAUCUGUCGUCCCUCACCAUGAAGUUUAUGGACAAGUUCCAUUCGCCCAAAAUAAAGCGAACGCCCUCCAAGAAAGGGAAGCAGCCGGACCUAGUGGAGAAAACGCCCGAGAAAGCAGGAAACAAGAAUCUCAUUUGGCUGGAGGAGAAAGAGAAGGAAGUCGUAAGCGCCCUACGCUAUUUCAAGACCAUCGUGGACAAGAUGGCCAUCGACAAGAAGGUGCUGGAGAUGCUGCCGGGGUCGGCGACUAAAGUGCUGGAGGCCAUCGUGCCCCUGGUCCAGACGGACCCGCGGAUCCAACAGAGUUCCGCCAUUUCCUCCUGCUACAGCCGCGUAUACCAGAGUCUGGCCAACCUGGUUCGUUGGUCCGAUCAGGUGAUGCUAGAAGGCGUGAACUCCGAAGACAAAGAGGUGGUGAACACAGUCAAAGGGGUCAUCAAGGCCGUUCUAGACGGAGUCAAGGAACUGGUCAAGCUCACAAUUGAGAAGCAAGAGCACCCCUCCCCGACGAGUCCCGUCAAACCCAUUUUGCCUGCGUGUAAAUCUGACAGCCCUUCGGAGCUUCCCCUGACAGAUCGGGAGAUGGAGAUUCUCAACAAGACAACGGGGAUGACUCAGGCCACAGAGGUUUCAGCAGAUUCCACAGAUGAGGAGGUUGCUCCUCCCAAGCCCCCCCUUCCUUGCAUUCGGGUAGCUGAAAACAGUCCUCCUCCAGCGCUGCCACCAAAGAAACGUCAGUCAGCUCCGUCUCCUACGAGAGUGGCUGUUGUGGCACCCAUGAGCCGGACCACCAGUGGCUCCAGUUUACCUGUUGGAAUCAACAGACAGGAUUUUGAUGCCGACUGCUAUGCUCAGCGCAGGCUGUCGGGUGGCAGCCAGUCCUACGGAGGGGAGUCCCCCCACCUGUCGCCGUACAACAGCAUGGGCAAGCUGAGCAAGUCUGACGAGCAGCUCUCCUCGCUGGAUUGCGACAGUGGGCAGUGCUCCCGCAACACAAGCUGUGAAACGUUAGAUCACUAUGAUCCGGACUACGAGUUCCUGCAGCAAGACCUCUCCAACGCCGAUCAGAUACCUCAGCAGACCCCUGGCGUCCUCAGCCCUUUGCCGGAGUCCCUGGCAGAGUCCAGCUCCCCGUUUCACGGACGUUCUUUCCAGCUGCCGGAGCACUGCAGCCCCUCGGCAGCAACGCAGGCAGCAGAGAUCCCUCCGGCUCUGCCCGAGAAGAAGAGGAGGGGCACAGCCGCUCACGCUUUCGACACCUCCGGCUGUAGGAUCUUGUUUGAGAGGCACCCCUCGCAAUACGAUAACCUCUCCGAGGACGAGAUGCACAACCUGGCCUUGAUCCCGACGAUGCACUUCACCCCUUUUGCAACCGUGCUGCCCUUCCAGCCGGGGAACUCACCGGCCCCGGUAGAAUUCCUCAAUGACUUUGCUGCUCCAGACUCUGUGGGGGACUCCGAGAAACCUCCGCCUCUGCCCGAGAAGAAAAACAAACACAUGAUGGCCUACAUGCAGUUCGUAGAAGACUACUCCGAGCCGCAGCCUUCCAUGUUCUACCAGACGCCGCAGAACGAGCACAUCUACCAGCAGAAGAACAAGCACCUGAGGGAGGUUUAUGGGUUCAACGACUCCUUCAGCAGCGCAGACUCUGGCCAGGAUCUGGCCCCGCCCCCGGCUCUGCCACCGAAGCAGCGGCAGCUGCAGGCCUCUUUUGCCACCUCCUCCUUCUCCUCUGUCUCCUUCUGUGUCCAGCCUCCUCAAGUGCCCUUCGGCCCCGAAGACGGUGGCACUGCUCAGGGCCUCAGUAUGUCCGUCUCUAACUCCUUCCUCCACCAGCACAGCUCCUUCCCUGUGCACUCGUACAAAUCGGUGUUCAGGUCUUACUCCCAAGACUUUGUGCCUCGCAACCAAGUUUCCGUCCCUCCCUUUCUCUCAUCUACCUCCGCCAUCUCCUCCCCGCCUCUGCCUUUCCCGCCCGUGCACCAGCCUCCGAACUCCGACCCGGCGGCCGUGCCAGCCGCGGGCGGUCAGUCGCUCAGCACUGCGGACGGGGCCACCUCCUCUUCUCAGGAGAGCAGCUUUAACGGGACUGCUUCUGUCUGCCUCCCUUCUGAAACCUCUUUCACUGAUUCUCUCCAGACAUCUUCGAGUGAAAACGCCGGUGAGGAGGCCGGGGAGGGCGAAUACGUCAAUCUGUAUUCCUCCGGCCAAAGCAACGGGGAACUCCCUCACUCUGAAGGAGAAUCUCCGGCAGCCAGAGACGGUCACCCGAAGGACUCUGCCUCGCUCAGCAACGCCCCAGGGAAGGAAAGCCAAGAUGAAAGCAAAAGCUCUCCGGCUAUCAAAGGGGCCCGUCUGGAAACCAGCAGCAAUCUGUCAUCCGCCGGCACUUGCUGCAGGAGAGAGCUGCUCCGGGCAGCCAAGAUCCGCCAGCCGGGUGACGACGGGCCAGACGUACGCGGGGGAUCGGGGGACAUUCUGUUGGUCCACGCGACAGAGACGGACAGGAAAG